UACGCAACCCCUCUAAAACGACCCCUCCGUACGGUGAUUCUCCUCAGGUGGCGCGCUGGGGGUUUUAACCUCGACGUUGUGCGGGUGUUUCAGCGGUGGAACGGCGGGCGGCAGGGUGCGGGCCUCGGCGGUCGCGGGCCCAUUGCCGGGCUCAGCCGGGGCCGCCCGCGGCACCGGCGAUUCUCGCGUACACAGGCGAGGACGUAGACAUCCUGGACAGGCGCGCGCGGGUACGCUCGAAUCCACGUGGAACGAUGUCCAGGAUACACAGCCUGCGCCUGCACCAGCGCCUUCUUAGGCUGGAGCUGCGCGAUGCUAAGAGGCGCCUCAUGGUGCCCGACAACCGCUGGGACUACAAUCUGUACGUGGAGGACAGCAUGGACUGGCGGGAUCCAUCAUUUCUGGAGGCCCUGACGGUCGAGACGUGCAUCUUGCAGAAGAGAGUGGAGGCCUGUAAGAGCCACGUUCUUCUGGUCACCUGCUUCGACUCUUGCCCUCAGCAACAAUACACGCCAACAUCGGCCGAGAUUAAAAGCACCUAACGCAGACUCGGAUCAGCACGCACCACCGCGUGUUGAUCACUGAUCCCGCCCACCCUACGAAUUUAAUCGAAUGUUGAAACGAGACGAGCGAGGUCGCCGAAUGAAACGGAAUGAAUUAGCGGGGAGAUUAUUGGCGUCGAUGUCGCUCGACUCCGUCCAGUAGUUGUUAAUUAAUGAUGUAUUCUGGUAUCGUCAUCGUCAUCGUACGUCGUCGCUAUCGUUAAGUCUAGGUACGGUAAUUAGCAAAAUUCAAUAAACGAGAAAUAAGAAGGAAGCUAAAGCGAAAGUUUCAGCACGCAAGUGCACGCACGUACACGCACACGCACACGCACGUGUCUUAUGUCGAGAUCGCAUCACGGAGUUGUACACGAGGAGCGCAUUCAUGUGUAGAGAUUUCGCGGUCGCUUCAGUUUCAACGGUGUCUCUCAGGAUGCAGAGGACAAAGAGAUGUCGGGUGAUUCUCGCAUUUCUUACGUAGAUACUUUACACGAGAUCCGAUUCCGAUUUAUCCGAGCGCGAUUCAUUAGCGUCGCAUUCUCGCCGGCGUUAAUAAUUUAACGGUGAGAGUUGGUGCUUCGUUCUUACGUCUAUCAUCCGUCAGAGUCAUUUAGAGCGUUAUCACUGCCAUCGCAUCUGACUGCCGUUACUAAACUAUAAGAGAAAAAUGUUCUAGACCUAAAGACUGCCGGCCGACCGGCCGAAUUAUCGAGUUCAUUGCAGAUACAGUGAUGCACUGAACAACAAGAUGACGAAAUCGUCGUGGUAGGCUAGACACGCUUAUCCCAAUACAAUACGUGUUGGUAUUCGAGUAAAAGGAUCGAUCAAGACGUACCGACUAAAAUACAGUUCAGUGAAAAUUGAGAAAGACCAUGAACGAGCAAGUCAGGUAUGAUUGUUGAAAAUAUGCAAUCUCGAUGUGAAGAUUGAUGAAUUUUUUCCUUUUCUAUCUGUGCUAUCAGCUAGAGUUCUGAUAUUCAAGGGGAGAUAAAGAAAUCGUCGAGCGACGUUAGUUAACCCGGGUUGUCGAUGGAAAUGACUCGUAAAGGUGGACUUAAGGUGCUAGGAGUAAAUGCGAAUUUGUUCAUGGGGAAAAUCGAGCUUCGUUUCCGGGGGGAAAAGCCAAACGAGAGCAACGCACUGCCAAAAAAGUGCAAGAGAAUCUUUUCUACGAUUAAUGAAAUCGAUCGAUUAACGAAACGCGCCGUACGUAAUGUAUCUAAUGCACGCACGUUAAUUCAUGGUAUUAUCGUAGCUUUAAUCGUUAUCAGCAGUUACCGCACUUCGUAGGGUUCUGUAACUCACUUAGACGCGAAAGAGACGUGACAGAGAGCGAGAGAGCGUAUAAGAGAAAGAAAGAGAAAGAGGCAGACGAAAAGAAAAGGAUAGAAUGAAUGAAAGAAAGAACGGAAGAAAGGAAGAUCACGCGCGCGCGCAAGAUAAGAGAGAAGAGAAAUAGAAGUAACUAUAAAUCGUAAACUUUUGCUAAUCGUAAGAGACGUUACGGUUCUUGCGAGUAUCGUGGAAACUCGAGGAGAAAGAGAGACAGAGAAAGGGAGUGAAGCGAGAGCCGGAGGGAAACGGGAGCUCGAACUCUCUCGUUCCCGAACGUGAGAACGUUACGCGAAGAGAGGACGCGGAGGUAGGAUAUAGGCACAGACGGGUAUGAGAUCGGGGAGAAUGAAAAUAGACGGGAUGAAAAUAAAUCGGUAUGGGAGUAAUGCGAGGCAGAAAUAGAGGCAUUCUAGUUUUCUGAUGCGAGUAGACGACGUGGUGGACCGACGCCCAAUAUCGAUGGAGAACCACCUCGUUUCUCUCGUCCCGAACUUUUGUACCUUGAGGUUCGUUUAUGCAUGAUACACACGUAUAUACUCGAAUAUAUAAGCGCAUACACACGCAUACACGCAAUACGAACGUCCACGUAUCCACGUGGGUAACACACCGAAACACGCACACACCGGGCCUGCAUUUGCACUCCGCAUUCAACGCUAUACGCGAUUCGAUUUGUUUAUCGAGUGAUAUCCUUAAAGUAAUUCGAGGAGUAAAAGUCAUCAUUGCAUCACCUUCGCAUUAUCGCAUAUUGGAAAUUAUGUGAUCGCGUUUAACGUUGAACAAGAAAUGCACAUGCGGAUCGAAGGCACGAACGUCAUUUUCACGGAUUCAUAGAGUGGCGACAGAUUGCCGAUCGACAAACGGUUCGCCGUCCACGGAUGAAAAGUUACGGACCGUCGACCCCUUCGUAUCGCCCCAUUACUAAUUAAAGAGAUCCCGUACGCUCAUUUCUCCGUGUCUCAUUCAUCGAUGACCAAAGACGCGAGUUCGCCGCCGAAACGUCGUCAUUGCUUCGUCUAUUGAUUCGUUCUGUUACGAGCGAGUGUUCGAUUAUAUCGCUGAAGCGAUAUCGUCCGUCGCGAGAGGAAUAAAAUUGGAUACUUUUUCCUUGCUAAUUCAUCGCUCGAGCUAUCGCGACCGACUAUGGUGGUCGUUAUAAUUCACGGCGCAGCGUUUCGUUCGCCAGUCUUCCCGAUUAUAUCCAGGAAGCGAAAUCCCACCCAUGUUUUCGCCAUCUCGAAAGUCGCGGAAGUCGUCUUUAUACUUUACGUCACGUUUAGAUUCGUGCAUGUGAUGUUGAUUUUACCUACCGUCGCGUGUCCGAAUUCACCCUGAGUUUAAAGACACCGCCAAGAGCGUGUCAGUCCGUCUGCCGUGAGUACAGUAAUAAUAACGAAUUAUAGUGAUAGUAAUUAUUAAUUGUAACUAGAGAGCGACCUACUUCCACUUUCCACUGGGAAACAACACGCGUCUCUGUAUCAUAGUACUUGUAUCAUAUUUAUAUUUUAUAUGUACAAAUUAGCCAUGUAAUUUCUUGUAAUAAAGAUCAAUUUACAACGUG